CACUGUAAAAUCUAAUGGUCUAGCCAUCUGGCAAAAAUUGUCUCCUCCACAGCCCAUAUUAAAGAGAAAAAAUGGUGGAUUUCUUUUCUUUUUUCACAGUUGGUGAUAAUUAGUAGCAGAGUACAAUAAAACUGAGAGAAUCCAUCAUCAUUGUCAUUAAAUGUACAAUAUACAUUUAAUAAGAAUAACACAUUUGCAAUCUUGCUUGUGGCAGAUUUGUGGAAACAAAUUUAAUACCAGUAUAAUUUUUCCCUGGCAAAGGGAUGGUAGACAGCAUUUUAACUUAGCCAUAAAGAAGAUCUAUAGAUUUCUCUUUUGCUCUGCAAUAACUCUGAGAGAAAAGAAUCAUGGACCAAAACAUUGAUUUAUUUAAAACAGUUGUAUACUAUCGAUUUCUUCAGUUCUAGGUAGCAAUCAUUGUGAAAACAGAAAACACAGGAAAAAACAUUACUGCUCUUGAUAUUUCUAGUAUCUUAAAUAAAUAGAUAUUUUUCAUGCCCCCCCCCAUUUUUUGCAUUUGUUGAAGUGACAAAUUCAAUAUGGUACAUAAAUCAGGCAUCAUUUUUUUAAAAUAAGCACACAUGUAUAAAUCAUCACUGUCGCUCUAUGGUAACUCAUUAAAGUAUAGAAUUUAAUUCAGACUGAUGUAGGGAAUACAUUUAAUUGGAAAAAAUGACAUUUAUUUCCAAGGUCAUGUAUAAAAUUGUAGUAUGAUUUUUGUCAUUAACUUCCCUGAUUUUAUAUCAUUAAACUGCCAUAAACUGCCAUAAACUGCUCAUACAUUCUCUAAAUGUUGUUCUAUGUGUGCAGUAGUGGUGCAAUUAAAUAAACCUUUGGACGGUAAGUAUCUGAAAGUAAUAACAAUGAUGAAGAAAUUGCACAAGCCGGGUGCCGUGUUUAUUUAAGAUAAAAAUCUCCUAAUGAUACCAACAUAGUGAUUUUUUUUUAGUUCUACUCAUUUGGAGAUAUGUUAAAUCAUAGGCUUUAUGUCAGGUCACAACACAUUAUGUCAUUUGCCUUCAUGCCCUCCUCAGAUGCUUUAUUGUGUCUUGUUUGGGAGUAUUAUUUUGUUGUAAUAUAAAAAUAUAAAUGUGAAGCAUAUAACUGUAUACAAGUCUACCUAGCUGUCUCCAAAUAAAUAUGCGAUCAUAACAUAUUGUAGUAAGUAGAUCUUUGUUGGGUGAUGAUAUCUGACUCAUUUUCCGACACAUCGGAGUCAGUUGUAGCAGCAACUACAUAAACAACUCUGCAGAGAUGCCUACCGCAAUGGUUUUUCUUGCAAAAAUGUGUCAUUAGACAAGAUACAGCUAGUCAGCAUUUCGUGAAAACGGAGCUUUCCCGUCGAAUUGGGACUCUCCUUUCUUCGCCCUCCUAAACCACGAAAGGGUACACGCCUCUUCACGUCACUUAUGCGCUUGGAUUUCUGAGAUUCUUCCCAAAACUAUUUUGUCGGAGAGCCGCCGGAACUGUAAGUAUGACUCGCAGUUGCCGCCCGGUCUUUUGUGGCUGUCUCCCAGGCCAGAUUGCCUUACCCUAACUACCACCCUUCGCGCGGUUGCCAUGGUAACGGAGACCUUGGUGAGGCAGAACAGCAACAGACGGCCGUUGGUUUUUGUGGAGCGGGCCUGUGGGCAAGAUGAUGCUCUCACGGCUGAAACCCGCUGUUGGAGGCGGCCCCCCAUCAGCGGAUAAGCGCAGAAAGAAAGGCAAACGGCUGCCGCAGCUGGAAGAUUUAUUAACUCAGCGAGAUUUCACUGGGGCCAUUGCCCUUUUAGAGUUUAAGAAUCAGGUUGGAGAACAGGAGGAAGAUGCAGAUCUCUGGAUUGGAUAUUGUGCUUUCCAUCUGGGUGACUACAAGAGAGCACUAGAGGAGUAUGAGAAUUUAACCAAGGGAUCUGCCUGCAAUCCUGAUGUGUGGGUGAAUCUAGCAUGCACUUACUUCUUCUUGGGAAUGUAUACACAAGCUGAACAGUCUGCUUUGAAAGGUCCUAAGAGUAGACUUCAGAAUCGUAUGUUGUUCCAUCUAGCACACAAGUUUGGUGAUGAGAAGAAACUGAUGAACUUCCAUCAGAAUUUGCAGGAUAUAACAGAAGACCAGCUUAGUUUAGCAUCUAUACACUAUAUGCGAUCUCAUUAUCAAGAAGCUAUUGAUAUCUACAAGCGCAUACUGCUUGAUAACAGGGAAUAUCUGGCCCUCAAUGUAUAUGUGGCCUUGUGUUACUACAAGCUGGAUUACUAUGAUGUCUCUCAAGAAGUGCUAGCUGUUUACCUUCAACAGGUUCCUGAUAGUACUAUUGCUCUUAACUUAAAGGCUUGUAAUCAUUUCCGACUCUACAAUGGAAAAGCUGCUGAGGCAGAGCUUAAAAGUUUGAUGGACAGUGCCUCAACAUCAUUUGAAUUUGCUAAAGAGCUCAUUAAGCAUAACUUGGUGGUAUUCCGAGGAGGGGAAGGGUCUCUCCAAGUACUCCCUCCACUGGUUGAUGUCAUUCCUGAAGCUAGACUGAAUCUAGUCAUUUAUUAUCUUCGGCAAGAUGAUGUACAGGAGGCUUACAACUUGAUUAAAGACCUGGAACCUGCAACCCCUCAGGAAUAUAUUCUGAAAGGAGUAGUGAAUGCAGUACUUGGACAGGAAAUGGGUUCAAGAGAUCAUUUGAAAAUUGCUCAGCAAUUUUUCCAACUGGUGGGAGGAUCUGCUAGUGAAUGUGAUACUAUCCCUGGGAGACAGUGUAUGGCUUCUUGCUUUUUUCUGCUCAGGCAGUUUGAUGAUGUCCUAAUAUAUCUCAAUUCAGUGAAGAGUUAUUUCUAUAAUGAUGAUACUUUUAACUUUAACUAUGCACAAGCCAAAGCUGCUACUGGAAAUACUAGUGAGGCUGAGGAGGUGUUCCUCUUGAUUCAAAGUGAGAAAAUAAAGAAUGAUUUUGUUUACCUCAGUUGGCUAGCACGCUGCUAUAUUAUGAAUAAGAAACCAAGAUUAGCCUGGGAACUCUACCUAAAGAUGGAAACUUCAGGAGAAUCCUUUAGUCUUCUGCAACUAAUUGCAAACGACUGCUACAAAAUGGGCCAGUUUUAUUAUUCUGCUAAAGCUUUUGAUGUCCUCGAAAGAUUGGAUCCUAACCCUGAAUAUUGGGAAGGCAAAAGAGGAGCCUGUGUUGGUAUCUUCCAGAUGAUUGUCGCUGGCAGAGAGCCUAAAGAUACUCUAAGGGAAGUACUGCAUCUCCUGAGAAGUACAGGCAACCCACAGGUAGAGUACAUUGUACGUAUAAUAAAGAAGUGGGCCAAGGAGAAUAGAGUUCCUGUUUAAACAGUGUGAUCAAGCAAAUGGUCGUCUUUCAGCUAUAUUGUGCCCGGCUGGAAUACUGUGUCAUUUUGUACCAGAACAAUUAUAAAAAUACAAAUCUAUUUAUUUUUAUAUAUAUUUAAAUGUCUUAUGAAAACUAUGCAAUGUCAUGUAUUGUGUGGAAAAUUUUCACUCUUUUAUACUUCUCCAAAUUUUAUUUUAUUACACUAUUACUGACCUCUAACUGUACAUAUUAGCUUCGAUCUUAAAAUGCUUUCAUUGUGUGACAAUCAGUACUUUUUUGAGACAGUUCAAGAACUUGCAAAAUACAGAUUUUCCCAGGUCUUAUUUUGAAACAGAAUAUAAAAAGCUCUAGAAUUAGAUUUCAGAUUUUGGUUAUAAAAGUUCCUCAUAAAGAAUCUAAAGCUAAACACUUAAAAUGGAGCACAAAAAGAAAAUGAUGACCUGAUUAGGUAGUUUUCAUUGUUAUGAUCUAAUGGACAUAAGGAGAAGUAUUGUAAAUAAAUAGAUAACAAUCCACUUUCAUUUGCAUAAAAAAUAUUGUUCAUACCUUCAUUUGUUUCUAUUUUUUCUUUCUGAUUAAAUUAGGACUGUAAACAUAUCAUUCUAUGAUGAAAGGUAUUUUUUAGUAUACUGGGAAAGUUAAGAGUUGGUUUCAGAAUAUAUGUAAUGCCUAAGGAAAAUGCACAUUGAACACAUUGAAAUGAACAUUGGAAAUCCAUGAUAGAAAAUGUGCUUAUCUACUUGUACAUGUUGUAUGUAAAUAAUAUAAGUUAAUGCUGUAUGUUCAUUACAAUUUUUUCAGUCUCUCCUGCUUUUAAUUCUGGAGCAAAAUUCCAAAAUAAAUUCAUUUAUAAAAUCA